UGUAGUUGCAUUCAAGUUGCGAACUUGCUCAGCCAGAGUUGCUCAGCCGCUGCUGCAAUUUUCCGUUCAUCAGUGUUGGAGUUCCAAGCUCUGCAUUGCUGAUUGUAUGGGCGGGCAUCAUUUGCAUAGAGCAGGUGUCUCCUCAUGGAGCUGUCAGGUGCCGGCCAGGUUGUGGUCGAGCUCUGCGCUCCGGCUCUCCGGCCACAACCGAUGGUCGAAGAUUAAACACGACAAGGGAAAGGCAGAUGCGGCGAAAAGCAAGGCCAAAACAAUGCUGUCCCAUGCCGUCAUCACCGCCUCGAGACUUGGCGGACCUGAUCCCGCAUUCAACUCCAGACUCGCCUUUGCUAUCGCCAACGCCAAAAGGGGACAGCUGACAAAGUCGGCGAUCGAACAUGCCAUUGCAAAGGGUCAAGGGAAGUCUCCGACUGGACAAGCGCUCGAGAGUGUCAUUAUCGAAGCCAUCCUCCCUCACGGUGUCGCAGCCAUGAUCGAAUGUGAGACGGACAAUAAGAACAGGACCUUGUCGGAUUUGCGUCAUGUCAUUAAGGUAGGAGGUGGAACAGUCACUCCUACGGCUUUUCUAUUCGAGAAGAAAGGCAGGAUAGUGUUUGAGGAGCAGGACAAACUUGGGGUAGACGAUGUGCUGGAAAAAGCCAUUGACGCGGGUGCUCUGGAUAUUUCAUCGGAGGACAAGAAACUGACUGUAGAGACCGAGCCAGCGGAUGUGAUGGACGUUGCUCGAUCUCUGCAAGAUCAAUUUGGACUUCAGGCAGAAAAGGCCGAAGUUGUAUACAUCCCCAACGAGGACACCGUGGUGCCCUUGACGCCCGAACAACAAGAGGAGCUGGAACGUAUUCUAGACUCGAUAGAAGAGGAUCCCACCGUGCAGGGGCUCUACGUUAAUGCUGUGUCCAAACGAGGCAACUAAAACUCAGGAAUUGAAGACACUUCAUGCUGCCAUACA